AUCCUCAAAUCUGAAGUGCAAUCUCUGCUGGUGAACUGACUUCGCGCGAAAAGGAGUCGCUCCAGCUGAUCGUGUCAGCGUUGUCCGCGCACGCAUACGACACCCACACGCGCGUCCGACUCGCCGGCGCACGUACGUGCGGAUCGCAGGUACUGACACACACACAGGGGCGCGCAUCCCCACCAGCCUCGUCCGUGAGAUUGUAGAAGCGGACCGGCCGAUAAAAUGAAUGAGAAUGAUAAGUCAGUUAAGUGCGAGAACUCCGCCGAGGAGGAGGAGGACGAGAUGUUCGAGCGCGAACUGGCCGAGGACGCGCAAUGGAAGCGGAUCCAGCAGAACACCUUCACCAGGUGGGCGAAUGAGCGGCUGAAGGCGGUGAACAAGCACAUCGGCGACCUGGAAUGCGACCUGUCCGACGGUCUCCGGCUGGUGAGCCUUAUCGAGGUGCUCGCGCAGAAGCGACUGCCGAAACACAACCAGAGGCCCACCUUUCGCUCGCAGAAGCUGGAGAACGUGUCGGUCGCUCUCAAGUUCCUGGAGGACGAGGGAAUCAGGAUCGUCAAUAUCGAUUCGUCGGACAUCGUAGAUUGCAAACUGAAGUUGAUUCUCGGCCUGAUAUGGACUUUGAUUCUGCACUACUCGAUCUCCAUGCCCAUGUGGGAUGGCGACGACGGCGAAGACAAGGGUGCCACGCCGAAGCAGAGACUGAUGCAUUGGAUUCAGUCGAAAGUGCCGGAUCUGCCAAUCACAAACUUCACUUCCGACUGGAACGACGGCCGCGCGGUGGGCGCUCUCGUUGACGCGGUUGCACCUGGUCUCUGCCCUGACUGGCAAGACUGGAACCCCAAGGAUGCGGUGCAGAACGCGUCAGAAGCUAUGGGCCUUGCUGACGAUUGGCUUAACAUUCCUCAGCUCAUCAAACCUGAGGAAAUGGUUAACCCAAACAUCGACGAGAUGUCAAUGAUGACGUACUUGUCUCAAUAUCCCAAUGCGAAAUUGAAGUCAGGUGCUCCUCUGCGCCCUCGCACGAAUCCAAACAGCAUCCCCCCGCCGCGAGUACGCGCUUAUGGUCCCGGUAUAGAACCGAACGGCCCGAUUGUCGGCGCGCCGGCCAACUUCACCGUGGAGACCUUCUCGGCUGGCAAGGGCAACGUCGAUGUCACUGUCGACGAUUCUAAAGGGAACAAGCUACCGGUCGAUAUCAGAUUCAACAAGGACAGGAAUCUGACCUACUCGGUGUCGUACACGCCGAGGACGGAGGGCCCGCACAAGGUAAAGGUGCUCUUCGCCGGCAGAGAGAUCCCGAAGAGCCCGUACACUGUCAACGUUGAGGGCCACGCCGGUGAUCCGAGCAAGGUCACCGCGAGCGGACCUGGCCUGCAACCGGAAGGCGUCGUGAUCAACAGACCCACUUUCUUCGACAUCUUCACGAAGGACGCCGGCCGCGGUGUACCGGAGGUCAUCAUCCUGGACCCGCAGGGCGGCAAAGCUACAGUGCCGGUGAAGCUGCGUCAGACCUCGCCAGACGUCUGGAGAUGCGAGUACGUGUCGCCGGUGACGGGUCUGCAUUCCGUCAAUAUCUUCUUCGCCGGCAAGCUCAUACCUGGAAACCCGAUUGGUGUCAACAUCGCGCCGGUUUCUGACGCGAAAAAAUGCAGAGCCUACGGACGCGGUCUGCUGCCCACCGGCGUUCGCGUCCAAGACGUCGCCGAUUUUGUCGUCCUCACUAAAGACGCCGGUGAAGGGGUGCCGGAUAUCCGCGUGAUCGCACCGGGAGGUGUCAAUCGACCUGUGCAAAUGUCCAAGACCGAUGCCACAACUUACAAAUGUCACUACACGCCGAUCAAGGAAGGCCGCCACGUGGUAAUGAUCACAUACGGAGGCAAGGAGAUCCCGAAGUCGCCGUUCGAGGUCAACGUCGGUCCUUACAAGGAGUCCACCAUCAGAGCCUUCGGGCCGGGUCUGUACGGCGGCAUCGUCGGUCAUCCGGCAAAAUUUACAGUGGACACGAACGGCGAAACCGGUGCUCUCGGAUUCUCCAUCGAGGGCCCAUCUAAGGCGAAGAUAGAUUGCCACGAUAACGGCGACGGAACCGCCGACGUUUCCUAUUUGCCCACCGCGCCCGGUCAGUACGCUAUCCAUAUCCUCUGUGAUAACGAAGACAUCCCCAAAUCGCCCUACAUUGCUAACAUCUCGCCGAAGGCUGACUUCGACCCGGAAAAGGUUGAGGUUCACGGGCCAGGAAUUCAACCAGAAGGCGUUGCUAGGGACAAGCCGACGCACUUUACGGUGGACGCGAAAAAAGCCGGGCAGGCGGCUCUGGAAGUUGCCAUUCAGGAUGCUUAUGGAAGAGAGGUUCCGCUCCGAUUAGACGACAAGCGGGAUGGAACUGUUCAAGCGCACUAUACACCUACAUCUAGCUCUCAACAUGUCGUGAUGGUGAACUAUGGCGGAGUAGCCACGAAGAAAUCCCCUUACAGGGUCAAGGUAGCCUCGCCCUUGAACCCCUCUAUGGUGUCCGCGUUUGGUCCCGGCCUCGAGAAGGGCGUGAAGUCGAACACCCCAACGCAUUUUAACGUCGAUUGUCGCGAGGCUGGACCCGGCAAACUGGACGUUAGCAUGCUGAGUCCCGAAGGCCGCGAACUUCCGAUUUCGUUGACGGACAACGAAGACGGCACAUACACCGUGGAUUACAUGCCGCCUCAACCGGGAAACUACACGGUGAAUCUCAACUACGGCGGUCUUAAGGUACCUCAGUGUCCCAUUAAGGUCAACGUUCAGCCUCACGUGGAUGUGUCCAAGGUCAAAGUGGAUGGUCUGGAACCAACGGCUCCGGUGAACAGCCUGCAGCAGUUCCGCGUGAUAACGCAGGAAGCGGGCAAGGCGGCGGACUUCCAGGUGGCGAUCACAGCCCCGUCUGGCAACCGGGUCAAGGCGCACGUGCUGCCGACCCACGAGGGCUACCUGGUGAACUUCACCCCCACCGAGCUGGGCGAGUAUCUGUUGGGCAUCAGCUUCGGCGGCGAGCCGAUCUCGAGUCAGCCCUACCGUCUCACCUGCGUCCACGGCUCCGACCCGGGCAAGGUGCGAGCGUCUGGUCCAGGUCUCUCUCGCGGCGUGGUGAACAAACCGGCCGAAUUCGUGAUCGAUACACGCGGCGCCGGCCAGGGUGGUCUCGGUGUGACCGUCGAGGGUCCCUGCGAAGCUGCGAUCAACUGCAGGGACAACGGCGACGGCACCUGCUCCGUCGCCUACCUGCCCACCGAAACCGGCGACUACGGCAUCAACAUCACCUUCAACGAGCAGCACGUGCCAGGCUCGCCGUUUCAGGCCAUCGUGGUGCCAGACGCGGACCUCUCGAAGAUCAAAGUCAGCGGCAACGGCAUCCAGCCACACGGUUUGAAUGUGAAUCAACAGGCGGAGUUCACGAUAGACACGAGGGCGAUCGCCAAGUCAAAGACUGACGAUGGUAAAGUGUCUUGCACGAUAAACAACCCCAGCGGAGGGAAAACCGAGAAGCUCAUUAUCGCCCAAGGCGAUGGCACUUAUCGUGUCAGCUACACGCCCUUCGAAGAGGGCUGCCACACCAUUGACAUACUCUACGACAACGUGCCCAUCCCAGGCUCGCCGUUUUCCGUAAACGUGAAACGUGGUUCCGACCCGAGCAAGUGUCGCGCGUACGGUCCAGGCUUGGAGAAAGGCAUCGUGAACAAGAUAAAUCGUUUCACGGUGGAGACUAAAGAGGCUGGCAAUGGCGGCUUGGGUUUGGCUAUCGCGGGUAACGGCGAGGCCAAAGUGGACGGCAAGGACAACUACGACGGCUCCUGCACCGUGGAGUACGUCCCCACGGAACCCGGGGACUACGAGAUCAGCAUCAAGUUUGCUGAGCAACACAUACCCGGCUCGCCUUUCAAGGUGCAAGUGGUGUCGGAUUCAGAAGCGAAGAACGUGGCCGCUUACGGACUCGGUCUGGAACCGGAGAUGGUUCGCGAAGGCGUGCCUGCCAAGUUCACGGUGGAUACGUCCGCGUGCAGGUCGGCGGCGUCGCUGGACGUCAGGUUAAAGACGGACAAGGGACAAAUGCAGAAGCCGCAGAUCAAGAGCAGAGGUGACGGCCUCUACGAGGUGACGUACCAGCCGCCGCCGGCAGGCAGCAACGUGCAGGUCGGUGUGACCUACGGCGGCGAGGAUAUCAAGGGUAGUCCAUACAAGUUGAAGGUUUCGCCCACCGUGGAGCCCAGCAAGGUGGUCCUGUCAGGUCCAGGCGUGUCGCCCGUGUGUACCGCUUCCUUUCCCGUUGACUUCGUUGUGGACACUUCUCAGGCCGGAUACGGCGACCUGGAGGUCCAAGUUCUGGGACCGGAUCAGGUGCCGCGCAGAGUGGAGGUGCAGGAUCUUGGCGACGGCAAAUACAAGGCCACCUACCUGCCGGACGAUUGCGGCCGCUACAAGGUCAACGUGAAAUACGGCGGCAAGGAGGUACCAGGCAGUCCGGUGAACGUGCAGAGCGUCUCCACCGGCAAGGCAGACCAGUGCAAGAUCAAAGAGGGCAUUCAGCACACUUUGGCUCAGGGCGAGGAGUACUGCAUCACCGUGGACACCGAGAAUGCGGGCCGCGGUGCAGUGACCUGUCGCAUCCGCUCCACUUCCGGCAGCGAAGUCGUUGACAUUGACAUAGAAGACAACGGCGAUGGCACGGUUAACAUUUACUACACUGUCGCCGAUGCGGGAGAUUACACCCUCAGCAUCAAGUUUGGCGGUCAACCGGUGCCCGAUGGAUUCUACACUUUCACGGCAUCCGAGGAGUAUCGGGAGCAUAACACGCACAAAACUCAACGAGCUCGUAAAUUACGGCAAAGGCAAAAUCAACACGUCGUCGAGCAGUGCAGUACCACUUUACAGGAGAGCUCCACCGUCACUACAAAACGUAGCAGCCAGCAGGAGUUAUCAAAGAAGAACUUCAACGUCAUCCGAUUGAAUUCUAUCCCGUUACCUCUCGCUGGCGGCACAGUUACCUCUGAAGUGAAGAUGCCUAGCGGAAACGUGGACAAGCCGGUCAUCGAGGACAAUCACGAUGGCACGGUAUCCAUCAAGUACGAGCCGCGGGAAGAGGGACUGCACGAGAUUUAUGUGAAAUUCAACGGCGAACACGUCCAGGGUUCUCCCUUUAAAUUCCACGUCGAUUCUUUGGCGAGUGGAUAUGUAACGGCAUACGGACCAGGUCUGAUCUAUGGCGUCUGCGGCGAGCCUGGAAACUUUACCAUCUCGACGAAGGGCGCCGGUGCGGGCGGCCUCUCAUUGGCUGUCGAAGGGCCCAGCAAAGCCGAGAUCUGCUGCCACGACAAUAAGGAUGGCACAGUUUCCGUAUCUUAUCUGCCCACCGCGCCCGGUGAAUACAAAAUCACCGUUAAAUUCGGCGACAAGCAUAUCAAGGGCAGCCCUUACGUCGCCAAAAUUACAGGCGAGGGUCGUAAGAGGAACCAGAUCUCCGUGGGUUCCUCCAGCGAGGUGCAGCUGCCGGGCAAAGUGUCCGAUGCUGACAUUAAGUCCUUGAACGCGUCGAUCACGGCACCCAGCGGCCUGGAGGAGCCGUGCUUCUUGAAGAAGAUGCCGAGCGGCAACAUGUGCGUGUCGUUCACGCCGCGUGAAGCAGGCGAACACACCGUGGGAGUGAAGAGGAUGGGCAAGCACAUACCGAACUCCCCCUUCAAGAUCGACGUGAAGGACCGUGAGGUCGGCGACGCAAAGAAAGUCAAGGUCUCCGGGCCUGGUCUGCAGGAGGGCAAAACCCACGUGGAGAACAACUUCUCCAUCGACACGAAAAACGCCGGCUUCGGCGGUCUCUCUCUAUCUAUGGAAGGGCCGAGCAAGGCUGAGAUCCAGUGCAAAGACAACGAAGAUGGUACCCUUAACAUCUCGUACAAGCCUACCGAGCCCGGCUACUACAUCAUGAAUCUGAAAUUCGCGGACCACCACGUCGAAGGCUCACCGUUCACCGUCAAGGUCAGCGGAGAGGGUAGCAACCGACAAAGGGAGAAGAUCCAGAGGCAAAGAGAGGCAGUGCCGAUCACCGAGGUCGGUAGCCAAUGCAAACUGACCUUCAAGAUGCCUGGCAUCACGUCCUUCGACCUCGCCGCCACCGUCACAUCGCCUGGUGGCGUCACCGAGGAUGCUGAGAUCAAGGAGGUCGAAGACGGCUUGUACGCGGUGGCCUUCGUGCCUAAGGAACUCGGCGUGCACACCGUGUCGGUUCGUUACAAGUCCAUGCACAUCCCUGGCUCGCCCUUCCAGUUCACCGUGGGCCCGCUCAGGGACGGCGGUGCUCACAGAGUCCACGCGGGUGGACCCGGGCUGGAGAGAGGUGAGCAGGGUGAACCCUGCGAGUUCAACAUCUGGACCAGAGAGGCGGGUGCGGGCACCCUCGCCGUCUCCGUCGAAGGACCUAGCAAGGCGCAGAUAGACUUCAAGGACCGCAAGGAUGGCAGUUGCUACGUCAGCUACGUCGUUAAUGAACCUGGCGAAUACAGGGUGGGAAUUAAGUUCAACGAUCAGCACAUUCCUGACUCGCCGCACAAGGUUUACAUCUCGCCGGCGAUGGGCGACGCGCACAAACUCGAGGUCGCGCAAUUCCCCGACAGCGGAGUGCAGCCCGACAAACCGUACACCUUCUUGGUGCGCAAGAACGGCGCCAAAGGUGAACUGGACGCGAAGAUCGUUUCGCCGAGCGGCAUUGAGGACGACUGCUUCAUCCAGAGCAUCGACGCGGAUACGUACUCGGUGAGGUUUAUGCCGAGGGAGAAUGGCAUCCACCAGAUUCACAUCAAGUUUAACGGCGUGCACAUAACCGGCAGUCCCUAUCGUAUCAAAGUCGGUAAGGUAGACGCUGACCCGGCGGCGUUACACGCCUACGGCAACGGUCUCAAGGAGAUUAAGACCGGUCAAAAGACCGACUUCAUCAUCGACACCUGCAACGCGGGCUGCGGCGCGCUUGGUGUCACCGUUGACGGACCCAGCAAGGUCGCCAUGGACUGCACGGAGGUCGAGGAAGGUUACAAAGUCAGGUACACGCCUUUGGUGCCGGGUGAUUAUUACAUCAGCAUCAAAUACAACGGAUACCACAUCGUGGGCUCGCCAUACAAGGUUCCUUGCACAGGUUCGGACUUGGCUGAGAGGGGUGCACAAGAGACAAGCUCGAUUGUCGUGGAGACUGUGCAAAAGAUAUCGAAGUCCAAGCAGGCCGGUCCAGUAUUGCCGUUGUUCAAGUCUGACGCGAGCAAAGUGACGAGCAAAGGGAUGGGUCUCAAGAAAGCUUACUUAGGAAAACAAAAUCAGUUCACCGUGAGCGCGGGAGAUGCCGGUAACAAUAUUCUCUACGUCGGCGUGUACGGACCUAAGGGCCCAUGUGAAGAGGUCUACAUGAAGCACACGGGCCGCAACAACUACAACGUGAGUUACCUGGCGCGCGACCGGGGCGAGUAUAUCGUGAUCGUCAAGUGGGGCGACGAUCACAUCCCUGGCUCACCUUACAAGGUCGAAGUUUAACGCGUCCCAGCUGGUUACACCACCGCGUCUGCUGCCGCGGUGACGCGCGAGAAACGUGGAGGCUAUGUCCUGUUUCGAUGCAAAUCAGAUCGCCUUGAUCGCCAAAUUGGAUCGCCAUAGAAGCGCUCGGAAGCUUCGACAAUGCAGAUAAACUGAGAUUCGCGCUCUCGCGUGAACAUCACCGGAACACAUCGGCGAAAAAGCGACCUGGAGACCCAAAAGCGAUCCGGUAUACAUCGAAACGACGCGUCGCUCGAUUUCUUGAAUGGCAGUUACAUCCAGGAGACAACUCGAAUCGAAAUUCAAGUCCUACUUUCGACCUGAACUUUCUAACUGUAUAUUCUCAAGCUGUAUAUUCUCAAGGAUCAGUGUACGUUUAAUACACGUGGAAACUAAAGUCCUACUUGGCGCCUUUAAACAGCACAGAAAACACACAAAUAUUUGUAGGUUCUAAAGAGGACCACUCGGCAAAGUUAGUAGAUAAAUAGAUAGAAUCAAAAGAGGUUGAUAUAGGCUUUAGAGUAUCAGAGUAGGUGUUAAGUGGAACAUUGGGUCGAAAGUAGGAUGAGAACUUCGACCUGGGGACUGUUGACACUGACGAUAAGAAAGGAAAGAAAUUUCGAUAUGUAUGUAACUUCUUGCCGAUGUAGUUAAUUCGCUCACCCUUUCACGGUCCCGCUGGGGGACUCGGUCUUGACAUCUUAGGAUUGACAAUUUUUCUUGAACCUGAUACACAGUAGUGCCACGCGAAUAGAAGUGACGAGGAGUUUAAAGGGCGAUCGAGAAA